AUGGUAUAUCAUAUAUCCAGACAGAGAAGAGCUCAGCAGGACAUCGAUAUGGAUCCACCUGCAAACGGUCAAGGGGUUAACCCUCAGCACCCUCCGCGACCUGCUCGACCGAUUGGUACCUAUGACCGUCCUAUCAUCAAUGGUCAUAGGCUUGGCAUCAGAGCCCUAGCUGUGGAGGCUAACAACUUUGAGGUCAAACCAGGACUCCUCAACGUGAUCGAGAACAACAAGUAUCAUGGCUUGGCUGUAGAAGACCCAUUUGAUCACUUGGACAAGUGUGACAGCUACUGUGGUUUGUCAAAGACCAAUGGUGUGUCUGAGGAUGCCUUCAAACUCAAGCUGGGUGCACUUCCUAAGUACAGAUCCAGAUUGGACACUGCAAGUAAUGGGUUCUUCUUGGGGAGAACUGAAGCAGAUGCAGAGGAGCUGGUUGACAACAUGGUGAAGAGUGACGCAGUCUACAGUGGAGACCAUGACAGAGGAGAUAGAACUGAUGAUAAGCAGACGAGAAAAGAGUUAAAGGCUCUGCAGGAUAAGAUCGACAUUCUGAUUGCUGAUAAGGCUACACAAGAGCAGCUGAACUUCGUUGGUAACCCAGCCCAAGAAGCACCCCCUGGUGCUAAUGAAGUUGAAGGUUUGGAAGGUCAAGAAGAGCUAUGUUUCAUCAACAACAAUGGUAGUUGGUACAAGAAAGAGCCCAAUUUUCAGUACAACAAUUACCAACAGCGAUCUUACCCAAACAACCAGCAGAAUGGUUACCAGCCUAGGAACAACCAGCAAGGCAACUCUCAGCCUCAGCAGAAUCCUCCUCCUGGUUUUCCCAACAAAGGAAACCAAUCUUCUCAGCAGCAAUCUCAUCCUUCUAGUUCUACUCCUCAGGCCAGCACCACAUAUAUUCUACUGAAACAAAUCUUGGAGUCUCAAACUAGAAGUGAGAAGCAUGUUGGAUAUGAGCUGAAGAAUCUCCACAACAAGAUUGAUGGUAGCUACAAUGAGCUCAACAACAAGUUCAAGGCCUUGGAGAACCAGUUUGCUUCUCUGACUACUCACCAAAAUCGCCAGCAGGGUUCUCUACCUGGAAAAUCUGAGCAAAACCCCAAGGAAACAAUGAAGGCUGUUACCCUUAGGAGUGCCAUCAACAUUGAUGAUGAGGUUGUGAUUGUGGAUGAGAAGAUCAAUGAUGAGAUCUUAGAGAAGAUUGUGGAAGCCAAAGGCAAAGGAAAGGUGGGAGAAGAGAAGCAAACAAUGAAAGAUGGUCAAGCUGCUGUUCCAGCAACUGAGAAUCCUUUUGUUCCCUCUCCUUAUGAGCCCAAACUUCCCUUCCCUGGAAGGUUCAAGAAGAAGCUGCUAGAGAAGUACAAAGCCCUCAAGUUCCUAAAAGAUGAUGUAGCUGCAAAGAAGAAAGAGAUGCAGGGUAUGAUGAUUCUCACUCAUGAGUGUAAUGCCAUCAUCCAGAGACUUGAUGUUCCAAAGAAACUAGAGGACCCAGGAUGCGUCACACUGCCUUGUGCUCUUGGACCUAUGGUUUUUGAGAGAUGUCUCUGCGAUUUGGGAGCUAGUUACCCUGUUGGCAUCUUGGAAGACCUCCCUCUUAUGGUCGGAAACUGUGAAAUCCCUACAGAUUUUGUGGUGCUUGAGAUGGGUGAAGAAGCUCAAGCUCCCUUAAUCCUUGGGAGACCUUUCUUAGCUACAGCUGGAGCUAUUGUGAAUGUGAAAGAAGGCAAGAUUGAUCUCCACUUGGGUAAAAGGCACAUUCUCCACUUUGACAUCAAGGAGAUUAUGAAGAAACCAACUAUGCAAGGGCAAAUCUUCUACAUUGAAGAGAUGGAUGCUCUGGCUGAUGAACUCCUUGAAGAGCUAUCUCUAGAAGAUCCUCUACAGCAUGCUUUGACGGUGGAGAAGGAGGCUGAAGUGAUUGAGAAUCUGGAGAGUACUGCCUAUGGGAUGAUGCUGGAUUCACACAAGGGGUUUGAGAGUAAGGAUCAGUAUGAAGAGCUGCCACAAGUGGUCCAUCAAGUAGCUUCAGUGACUCAACAAGAGAACACCCAGCAAGAUGACUGGAGCGAGCUUAAGGCACCUAAGGUGGAGCUUAAACCACUUCCCCAUGGUGUAAGGUAUGCAUUCCUUAAUGAGACUUAUCCUGUCAUUGUGAGUAGACUUACUGAAACUGAGCUUGCUGAACUUUUAAAGACACUUAAAAGAUUUAGAAAAGCAAUAGGUUACUCACUUGAUGAUAUCAAAGGGAUUUCACCUACUUUGUGAAUGCAUAGGAUACAUCUUGAGGAUGAAUCAAUGACUUCUAUCGAGCAUCAAAGAAGGUUAAAUCCUAACCUGAAGGAUGUUGUAAAGAAGGAGAUUCUUAAACUCUUAGAUGCUGGUGUGAUUUACCCUAUUUCAGAUUCUAAAUGGGUAUCUCCUGUGCAUGUGGUUCCAAAGAAGGGUGGGAUCACUGUGGUAAAAAAUGAUAAGGAUGAAUUAAUACCCACAAGAACCAUCACAGGACAUAGAAUGUGCAUUAAUUACCGAAAAUUAAACUCUGCAUCUAGAAAGGAUCAUUUUCCAUUGCCAUUUAUUGAUCAGAUGCUUGAGAGACUUGCAAAUCAUCCAUUCUAUUGUUUUCUUGAUGGGUAUUCAGGGUUCUUCCAAAUACCCAUACAUCCCAAUGAUCAAGAGAAAACGACAUUCACAUGCCCCUAUGGUACCUUUGCUUAUCGAAGGAUGCCAUUUGGGCUGUGCAAUGCUCCAGCCACCUUUCAAAGGUGCAUGAUGUCAAUUUUCUCUGAUCUUAUUGAGGAUGUUGUGGAGGUGUUUAUGGAUGACUUCUCUGUCUACGGAUCUUCGUUUUCUGCUUGUUUGUCUAAUUUGUGCAUGGUUAAGGAAGGGAUUGUUCUUGGACACAAGAUAUCAGAGAAGGGGAUAGAGGUAGACAAAGCAAAGAUUGAUGUGAUGGUCAGUUUGGCUCCCCCGAAGACAGUGAAAGACAUCAGGAGCUUCUUGGGGCAUGCUGGUUUCUAUAGAAGGUUCAUUCAGGACUUCUCCAAGAUCGCCAGGCCACUCCCUAGACUGCUAUGUAAGGAAGAGAUCUUUCUCUUUGGUAAGGAAUGUCUAGAAGCUUUCAAGAAGUUGAAGAAUGAGCUUGUAAAUGCUCCCAUUGUCCAGCCACCAGAUUGGAGUCUACCCUUUGAGAUCAUGUGUGAUGCUAGUGACUAUGCUGUGGGAGCUGUCUUGGGCCAGAAGAAAAAUGGCAAGAAUCAUGUGAUCUACUAUGCGAGCCAAACCAUGAAUGAUGCUCAGAUGAAGUAUGCCACAACUGAGAAGGAGAUGCUAGCCAUUGUAUUUGCAUUUGAGAAGUUCAGAAGCUAUUUGGUGGGGUUUAAAGUCAUUGUCUACACUGAUCAUGCGGCUUUAAGACACCUUUUGGCCAAGAAAGAUGCAAAACCCAGGCUUUUGAGAUGGAUCCUUUUGCUCCAAGAGUUUUAUUUGGAGAUUAGGGACAAGCCAGGAGUUGAAAAUAGUGUAGUUGAUCACUUGUCAAGGCUGAAAGUGGAAUGUGGUGUCCCUAUUGAUGAAGGGCUUCCAGAGGAGCAGAUCAUGGCUAUUGGAAAAGAACCUUGGUAUGCUGAUUUGGUGAAUUACUUAGCCACAGGAAGAGAACCUUUAAAUCUUGUGGGCUAUGCCAAGAAGAAGUUCUACAAGGAUGUGAAGAUAUACUAUUGGGAUGAGCCUUACCUCUACAUUCUCUGCAAGGACCAACUCUACAGAAGAGUGGUUGCUAAUGAAGAAGUGUGUCAUUCAUGCCAAAGAAGAGGAAACAUCACCAAGAGGAAUGAGAUGCCACAUAAUCCUAUCCUUGAAGUUGAAGUGUUUGAUGUGUGGGGUAUUGACUUCAUCGGACCGUUCCCAUCAUCUCAUGGCAACAAAUACAUCCUUGUGGCUGUUGAUUAUGUUUCAAAGUGGGUGGAAGCCAUUGCAAGUCCCAACAAUGAUGCUAAAGUGGUAACCAAGAUGUUCAAGAGUGUCAUUUUUCCUAGGUUUGGAGUCCCAAGGGUUGUGAUCAGUGAUGGAGGCUCUCACUUCAUAAACGAACUGAUUGAAGGACUUCUCAAGAAGAAGGGUGUGAAGCACAAGGUAGCAAAUCCUUAUCAUCCUCAGACAAGUGGUCAAGUUGAGGUUUCUAAUAGAGAGAUCAAGUCCACUUUCUGA